UCAGAAAAUGGCGGCGUCCACAAAACGUGAGAUUGAUGAUGUUGAAAAGAACGAUGACGAUGAUGGCUGGAUCGGUCCUAUGCCCGAAGAGGCGACAAAGCCAAAGAAACAGAAAGUUCUUGAGUUUGAGCAGGUAUACAUGGACAACAUCCCCAGUGCAGAAUACUAUGAAAAGAGUUACAUGCACAGAGAUGUCAUAACUCAUAUAGCAGUGACAAGGACUGACUUCCUCAUAACAGGAAGUUGCGACGGACAUGUUAAGUUUUGGAAGAAGUCAGAAGAGACUGGCAUUGAGUUUGUCAAGCACUUCCGAAGUCACCUUGGGAACAUCCAGGACAUGUCUGUGAGCAGUAACGGGGAACUCUGUUGCACUGUGUCUGACGACAAAACUGCCAAAGUCUUUGACGUUGUAAACUUUGACAUGAUCAACAUGAUAAAGCUGGGUUAUGUUCCUCUGUGUAGUGGCUGGGUGUACAAGCCAGGGGAUGCCAUCUCAGCUCUAGCCGUGUCAGAGAAAGAAAGCAACACAAUCCAUAUAUACGAUGGAAAGGGUAAUGGUGAGCCUCUCCACUCGAUUGAAAAACUUCACUUCAAACCUGUCACUAUCAUACGGUACAACCCAGUGUUGGAGGUGGCUGUGUCGGUUGACCGGAGUGGCAUGGUGGAAUGUUGGGGCGGUGCCAGGCAGGACUACAAGUUCCCUAAAGUGUUGCAGUGGGAGUUUAAAACUGACACUGAUCUCUACGACUUCAUGAUGAAAAAAGCUGUUCCAACAAGUAUAGCAUUCUCACCCAAUGGACAUCUCAUGGCUACUCUAGCUACGGAUCGGAAGGUUAGGAUAUUUAAGUUCCUGACUGGCAAGCUGUUCAAAGUCCUGGAUGAAAGCUUAAAACAGUUUACUGAACUUCAGCAGAUGAAGCAACAAAUACCUAACAUGGAGUUCGGACGUCGUCUGGCCGUUGAGAGAGAUCUGGAGAAAUCUGAAUCAUUUUCCCUCGCCAAUGUUGUGUUUGAUGAGAGUGGCUACUUCAUAUUAUACAGUACAAUGCUGGGUGUUAAAGUGAUUAACCUACACACAAAUCGGUGUACCAGAAUCCUGGGAAAACCAGAGAAUGCCAGGUUUAUCCAGCUGGCACUCUUCCAGGGUUCCGGGAAGAAGAAGAAGGCGGCUGUUGAUGCGGACAUGGUGGCGUCUGACAACCCCAUCCUCCAGAACGUCCAGUUGGAUCCCACUCUCCUGUGUACAGCGUUCAAGAAGAACAGGUUCUAUCUCUUCACCAAGAGAGCCCCCGAGGAUACAAAGAGUGCUGAGACUGAGCGUGAUGUGUUCAACGAGAAGCCGUCCAAGGAGGAGGUGGUCGCAGCAACGCAGGAUCUGUCAUAUACCCGUGUGUCAGAGAAUGUGGUCAUCCACACAACAAUGGGAGAUGUGCACUGCAAGCUGUUCUCUAAAGAAUGUCCAAAAACUGUGGAAAACUUCUGUGUUCAUGCAAAGAAUGGCUACUUCAAUGGUCAUGUCUUCCAUCGAGUCAUCAAAGGAUUUAUGGUUCAAACUGGAGAUCCUCAAGGCAAUGGAACAGGUGGAGAGUCUAUCUGGGGAGGAGAGUUUGAAGAUGAGUUCCAUCCAAAGCUACGACAUGACAGACCCUACACAUUGAGCAUGGCCAAUGCUGGACCCAACACUAACGGCUCUCAAUUCUUCAUCACACUAGUUCCAACGCCUUGGCUGGACAACAAGCAUACUGUGUUCGGGCGAGUGUUCAAGGGUAUCGAGGUGGUGGAGAACCUGGGCAACGUCAAGACCAAUCCCAAGACAGACAAACCUUACGAUGAUGUCCGGAUUAUCAGCAUGACAGUCAAGUGAAACCAAGAGUAGACUCAAACAAUCUUUUACUAUUCAGUCUUAUCCGAAUGGAAAAUAGAACACACAUAAAUGGAUGGCGAGAAUGGCAGAGGUCAAGGUUCAUGGUCAGGUCAUGGGUGGUCGUGUCUAUCUGUAUUUGUUAUAUUAGGUAGGGCAGUAAUCUAUGACCAUAGGUUUGAAUCCAAGCUUUGCCGUUUUAGCACCAUAACUCAGGUGUAUUGUUUUACCUAAUGAGUGAGUGAGUGAGUAUGGUUUUACGCCGCUUUUUUAGCAAUAUUCCAGCAAUAUUCCAGCAAUAUCCCGGUGGGGACACCAGAAAUGGGCUUCACAACAUUGGGAAUCAUGUGGGGUCUUUGGCGUGUGACGAGCGAACACUUUAACCACUAGACUACCCCGUUUUACCUAAUGUCUAAGACGGGCAUCACUUCGGGAUUUCCGCACAUAUUAAGCUGGCGUACUGUGAUAUCUGACAGAAAGGCUGUUCCCAGUAGCAUAAAACCAAGUGUGGUGAUGGACUAGUGCUGACCUAUACUCUCAAGGAAAACUGGUGUCAGUAUGUUCAACUAUUUGAAGGUCAGACAAGAAACUGAAAAGGUCAUUUUGUUUUAAGGAUGUUCAUCAGAAGAAGACACCAUGGUCUUUGGAAGAUGAUUGAAACCAUUGUGAUAAUAUUGUCUCCAAAGUAUGUAGUCUUAUGUCAUGGCCACUCAUAUCAUGGUAUCAUUUCAUGUCAGUACAUGUCUACAUUCGUUGUUGGUUAAGAAGCAAUGACAUUUGUAUGUAUUUGUAAAUAAACAUGUGAAUAGUAA